CACUAAUUUAAAAAGCUUGGCACACAAUUCUUUUACAAUUCUCUCCAAGGACUUUUAGAUUUUUCAUCAGGGAAUUUUUGUUCACUGGAAGUACUGUUUCUCGAAUUUCUCGAAUGCAAAAAUGGCCGCCGACAAUUUAGUUGCUGGCAAACUAUUAGAAGCGGCGAAUUUUGCCUGCAUUAAGCACGAAAAUCAACGUCGAAACAAUCCACAGGCAACUCCAUACAUCAACCAUCCUAUAGGAGUUGCAUACAUACUCUGGAAAGAAGGUGAUGUGACUGAUAUAGCGGUUUUGCAGGCUGCCAUAUUACACGACACUGUGGAAGAUACGGACACAACGUUCGAGGAAAUUGAAGGAAUAUUUGGAGACGAAGUGCGGAAUUUGGUGGACGAAGUCACCGACGACAAAAGCUUACCAAAACAGGAAAGAAAAAGACUGCAAAUUGAGCAUGCUCCAAGCACCAGUCCAAAAGCAAAAUUAGUAAAACUUGCAGACAAGCUGUACAAUCUUCGUGAUCUGGAGAAAGCGACUCCAGUGAAUUGGACUGAACAACGGGUACAGGAGUACUUUGAUUGGUCGAGGAAAGUCAUAGAAGGUUUGAAAGGAACCAAUCAGAAACUGGAACAGUUAUUGGACGAAAUACUAGGAAGACAUUCUAUAUAAUGGAGUGAUAUUCGUUCAU